GAUUUUAAGGCUAAAUACACUCAGGUUUGUUAUUCUGUGAUGUGAUGUCUGGGUCAUAUUGUUGUGGAACUGUGUGUUGACAUUUCAUCUUCUAAUUAAUUAAGAAAAAGUAAUUGACUGAAAAACAAAAAGAUCAAAAUGAAGAAAAAGGUGCUCCUUAUGGGUAAAAGUGGAUCCGGAAAAACCAGUAUGAGAUCCAUAAUAUUUGCAAAUUAUAUUGCGAGGGACACACGACGUCUGGGAGCUACAAUUGAUGUUGAACAUUCUCAUGUGAGAUUCCUGGGAAAUCUGGUAUUGAAUUUGUGGGAUUGCGGCGGUCAAGAAGCAUUCAUGGAGAAUUAUUUCGCUUCGCAACGCGACAAUAUUUUUCGAAACGUCGAAGUUCUGAUCUACGUAUUUGACGUGGAAAGUAGGGAAUUGGAAAAAGAUAUGCACUAUUAUCAGACAUGUGUGGAAGCCAUAAUGCAAAACUCAUCGAAUGCCAAAAUCUUCUGUCUCAUUCACAAAAUGGACUUGGUGACAGAGGAGCAGAGGGAUAUAAUUUUUAAAGAGAGGGAAAAUGACUUGAAAGAAUUGAGCAAACCUAUGGAAUGUACAUGUUUCAGAACCUCAAUCUGGGAUGAAACUCUGUACCGUGCCUGGUCCAGCAUUGUUUACAUGUUAAUCCCAAAUGUUGAGGAAUUGGAGCACAGCUUGCAACAAUUUGCCAACAUAGUUGAUGCUGAUGAGGUGUUGCUGUUCGAAAGAGCCACAUUUUUAGUCAUAUCACAUUGUCAGAGAAAACAUCACAGAGACGUGCACAGAUUUGAAAAAGUCUCAAACAUAAUAAAACAGUUCAAACUGUCAUGUUCCAAAUUGGCUGCCCAGUUUCAAAGCAUGGAAGUUAGGAAUUCUGCCUUUGCAGCUUACAUUGAUAUGUUUACGAGUAAUACAUAUGUAAUGGUUUGCAUGUCUGAUCCACAGAUUCCAUCAGAAGUGACUUUAAUCAAUAUCAGAAAUGCCAGGAAGCACUUUGAAAAACUGGAAAAAGUUUCCAGUUCAGCUCCGUCGAUUGGGCGCUAAAUCUAACUACAAAAUGCGUUUGGUGCCGACUUCUUUUUAUUGGAGCUGUGUUAAAAUUGAUGAAUACUGUUGGAUAUUUGCAACCACUCUUUUUCUCACUUUGGUUUCGAACCUAUCAGGGUAUUUAUUAAUUGCGGAAAAUAAAUUAAAAAAUGUGAGAAAGGAUCAUGUAUAUUUUUAUUAUUGAUUGUAAAUAUGUAUGAAAUUAAUUAAAUAAUAUUGUUUUAAA